AUGGAGACAUUGGCGAAGUUGGAUAAAUUCAUAGAAGGCAAAUUAAAGCUGUUAGCUUUCACCUCCGAAGAUACAGCAAGAAUUGUUCAAGAAGGGGAUGUGAAAGCGAUGGAUAGGCAGGCGAAAGCAUUGGAGAGGAGUAUAGACAAAAUUCACGAAAUUAAACUCCAAAUACAAGAGAUAAAGAUCGAAGGUGAUUGGGAGCCAAACGAGGUUAGAAAGUGGACGGAGGAGCUCGAAGCUAAGCUUAGUAAGUAUGAGAAGGAAUUUAAAACUAUCAAGAACGAAGUGACCGAAGUAGAGAGCAAAGAAAAGGAGAAAAUCGAGCAAGAAAAACGCCAGCGUGUUUUCGAAGAUGAAUUGAAGCUACAGGAGGUCAAAUUACAGCGUCAGUUCGAGAUGGAGAAACAAUACAAAGAGGUUACAGAUUCCUCGUCUAAGCCAGGGAGUUUUAGCCGUGCCAAGCUACCUAAGCUGGUCAUAACGCCUUUCCAGGGAACUCAUCUCGACUGGAUGCGGUUCUKGAGUCAAUUUGAAACAGAAAUCGACAAGUCAGAGGUUAGCCAAGUCACUAAGUUUUCAUAUCUCAAAGAGUUAAUUAUUCCCAAGGUCAGGGGCUUGAUAGACGGUCUCCCUUACACAACAGAGGGGUAUGAACGGGCCAAGAGCGUGCUGAAAUCCAAAUAUGGGAAACCAAGUGAGGUAUCAAAUGCGCACAUGCAGUGUAUCAUUUCAUUGCCGGUUAUUCCAGGGAAUGGGCCCUCCAAAAUCCAUGAGUUUUAUGAGAAUUUGGUUGCUCAUGUUCAAGUACUGGAGACUAUGGGUAAACUUAAGGAGAUAAACGGAUAUGUGAGGCUUACACUGGAUAAACUUCCAGGCGUUAGAGCAGAUUUAGUAAGAUUAGAUGAUAACUGGCAAGAGUGGGGUUUUCCUCAACUAGUAGAAUCCUUGCACAAGUGGUGUGAGCGCAACCCUAUAACCUUCGACCGUAAGGCGCCUAUCCCUACACCUGAGCACGGUUUACGGAAGUCACCUCAAAAGCGAGAAAGGGUAUUUCAAACUAAGGAAGAAACGAGCAAGAUUAUCACAUGUGUCUACUGUGAGUCGGGUCAACACAAGUCUGUAGAUUGUGAUCAGGUGAAAGGUGUCCAAGAGAGAAAGAAAUCCUUAGCUGCAAAGAAGCUGUGCUUCAAUUGUACUGGCGCAAAGCAUAGAGCGGCAGAUUGUCGCAGCAAGCACAAGUGCCAAAG